AUGAGCGAUUCUUCUGUGGCAACUGCUUCGACGCCUACACCCGACACAUCAUCAUCAAAUAACAACACGAAUCGUUCCCAACCCAAGAAACCAAAAUCUCUCCAGAUUAUUUCUUCUCCACCUAUUAUUAAAAAACUCCCUGAUGAUGUCCAACAGUUUCUCAAAUCGGGAACCAAUAUUGGAUCUCUUUCGGAUUGCAUCAAAGAAUUGGUCGAAAAUGCGAUCGAUGCUCAUGCAACAAAUAUUGAAAUUUUGCUAACACAAUCAGGAUUUACUUCCAUCUGUGUCAAGGACAAUGGAGAUGGAAUUCCACAAGAAAAUUUCGAUACAUUAUGUAAACGAUAUUAUACCCACAAAUAUUCGGAAAUUCAUAAAGAUGGUCAACAAUGUGAUUACUUGGGAUACAAAGGAGAGGCCCUGAAUAGCAUUUGUAAUAUUAGCAAGGAUGUUCAUGUAAAAACAAAAUACGGAGAUAAUGAAUCCGAGUUGGGAUCUCAUAUUAUUUAUGAUAAGAGAGGAGAAAAAUUAUCUGUUAAUUCAAUUCGUCACUCCAAAGGCACAACAAUAGUAGUGAAUGAAUUAUUUUCUGCACUGCCCGUUCGAAGAAAAUGCUUUCAAAACGAUUUGAAAAAGCAAGUGGAACAUACUGUUACGAUAUUGAAACGUAUAGCUCUUAUUCAUUUCAAUAUUCGGUUUUUAUUGAAGGAUGGUGAAAAGACUCUGUUUCUUAAACUAGGAAAUAUUCAAACAAUGAAAGCAUCACUGCAAGCAGUAUUUGGAGCAGGAAAUAUUUAUGAACAUUUAUACUUUUAUGAUGGAUCCUUGAAUAAUCAUUCUGCUGCCACACAUGACACAUGCACAAGCGGAAUUGCAAGUACUGACGCUAACACAUCAUCAACAAGUACUGUCACAUCUUCUGAACAUCUACCUCACUACUCCAUUCAAUGCUACGUACCGCUUUAUGAAACGAUUGCAAAAUCUAACGAUACCUCAUUAACCCCUGACGAAUUGUCCCCUUUAAAAGACAUUACCAAAUUUUUCUCAACAACAAAACCUCACAUUUAUGCCAACAAUCGAGUAAUUCUCGAGUAUCAGGAAAUCCAACAAGCGAUGAAAGAUAUCUUUUCAAAUUUCUUCAGAAAUCAGAAGGGUGUUAGUUCCAAUCUAUUUUAUAUUUUGGUCAUUCAAGUGGAUUCACAUUAUUUUGAUGUGACCAUUAAUCCUAACAAAACCAAAAUGAUCAGCUCCAUAGACGAAGCGAUCAAAAAAGAGCUUCAAAUGAAUAUAAUCAAACACUAUGCUGAGGAAGUGAGAAAGUUCAAAGAGUUGAACAAUCCAACUCCUUCUAAACUAUUGAGUCAAGAUGAUCCCAAUAUUAUUGACAAUUCCAAUGCGGUACUCAACGUUUCACGAAUAUUGGCCUCCUCACCCUCCAUCAAGAAGAAUCAAUCUUCAUUAUUAAGCACUCCACCCUCUUCAACUACUAGUAGUAAUAAUACUUCACCAUCUUUUUCUCUCUCAUCCCAGAUGAUUCCACCGAGCACUCCCAUGAGCAGCAGAAGAUCCGAGUUGGUGUCACCAUCUCCAACCAGAAGCGGUGGUAGUUGUAGCAGCAGCAGCAACUCCAAUAACACGACAACAUCGAGCCAUAACAACACCCCUCCUUCUUCUUCUCGAGUGCAAACCUCAAUCACAAGCUUUACAAGUUCCAUUGCAAAUCAGAGUAGUACGAACAGACCUAAUAGAGACAUUUCUCUGGAUGAUUCAUUACUAGAUACCGUACAAUCAUUGGAUCAAGUAUUUGGUUCUCCUAUUCUUCCCAAUGAUAAGAGCAGUGGUGCUGGUGGAAUCAAUCAGCAGCAACAACAACAAUCAACAAGAUCAUCAUUGAGUCAUACACGACGUGAAGAAUCGAGUACCAAUGAAUUAUCAUCAUCAUCAUCAAAAAACAUUUCAACGGAGAAUCAUUGCUCUGUAGAAGGAAACUCUCACAAUGCCAUCAUGGAAGACGAUCAUGUCCCUGCAACCAACCACAGUAGUAGAGGAUCUGUGAGUAGUACUGCUGCUAGUACCUCCACUACUACGACCUCUCAGACCAAUAAGCGCGUUCAUGCUGGUUCCUCACUCGUCGUGACUUGUCCACCUUCUGCCUCAGCUUCAGAUUUUGACAAAUUCAAAGCUGCAAAUCCAAAGAAGAGAAAAACAUUACAACAAACGAGUAUUAACCUUGUGUCCAAUGCUACACAACAAGAACAAUCCAAUUAUGAUAUCACAAUACAAGAAGCUGUAGAUUUGAGUGUUGAAUAUCUCACGAAAAAGAGAAAGAAGUUUAUGGAAAAUAUAACGUCUGACACUGAAAGUAGCUCUGAAUGUCAACAUGUUUUAAAGAGUGAUCUGUCAAAUUCAUCAAAGAUACAAAUUCUUGGAAGUAUUCAACACAAGCUUGGUAUUUUGUAUCAUUGUGAGCACAAGAAACUACUAUUUGCAAAUUUAUUGCAAAUGAAAGAGGAUUGUCUUUAUCACAGCCUGCUGCAGACGUAUGACUUGUCGACAUCUAUUAUGCCUUUAUCACAGCCUCUUAAUUUAUUAUCCUUAUUAAGUAAGGAUGCUAAAACAUCCAAGAUAUAUAGACGUUUGUGUAUAAAGAAGGAAUACCAAUCCAUCUUCCAACAGAAUGGGUUUCAGGUUGAAUUUGAAGUGGAGCUAUUGCCGAAUGAAAAACAAAAACGAAUUAUAAGGAUUGAUCUUGUAGGAAUUGUUAGCAAUACUGUAUUUAAUACCAAUGGAACUACUGAUCAUCACAGCUACACUCAAGACGAUUUGAUUGAGAUUUUAAAUAAGCUUGAUGAAUUCGAACGUGAUAUUUUAAAAAACGAAGAUAUUGUUAAAUUAAUAAGUGAAGGAAAAAUUACAAAAGAGGGUCUCAUCUCAGAAUGUAGAUUCUUCUUUAGACCAAACGUUGUCAAAGAAUUUAUGAAAAACCACUGUCACCGUUAUGCAUUGGCGACUAUUAGAGAUUCGACCAUUCAAGAAAUUUGCACUGACUUGAAAAAUACUUCCUUAGACAGUCAUUACACACUAUUUUACUGUUAA